AUAAUUCACCGGGGCGACUGAAGGCGCCUUUUGCUGCCUGCAGGUUGCGUUGCUGCAUGUGCGUAGGAGUGAGUGGAGGAUAUCGCAUGCAUUCUGUGAUAUCGUUAGAUCACACGAGUGUUUUUGUUGGAUUCGCCUAACGGUAUUUUAAGUGCACACAGGGCCGGCAUGGCUCCAUUCGGCUUGGUGACCGCAAGUGUCGGUUUUCUGACGAAGUCCUUCAAUGUCUUCACUUGCACCAACACUCUGGCAAGAGUCAUCCAUGCUGCAUACAGGACCCCAGUGAAAUGCCUGUCUACACAAGCCAGUGGUCCUCCAAAGAGGCCUCUGAAUGCUUACUUGAGAUAUGUUGUGCAGCAGAAGCCAGUGGUUAUUCGACAGAACCCAGAAUUAAAAUUAAUGGAAGUCGUCAGGAAGAUUGCCCACGAGUGGAGAAUGAUGACCCCAGACAAGAAACAGCCUUUUCAAGAUGAGUUUAUACGGGAGAAGGAGCAGUUUGAGGUAGAGCUACAGCACUACCAGGCCCGGUUGACCCCAGCACAAGUGGAGCAGGAGAAACUUGAGAAGAAGCAGAAGAAUGCCAAGAGAACCGCCAUCCGCAAGAAGAGGGAAGCAAACACUAUGGGGAAGCCAAAACGUCCUCGCACGCCUUUCAACAUCUUUAUGUCUGAACACUUUGAGGGUGCCAAAGGAGAAACCAUGCCGGAAAAGUUGAAGUCUUUGAUGGAUGAGUGGAAGAUUCUUUUCAGCAAUCAGAAACAGGUUUAUACACAGCUGGCCGAGGAUGACAGAAUCCGCUACAAGAAUGAGAUGAAGUCAUGGGAGGACCACAUGGUUGAAAUUGGACGAGAAGACCUGAUUAGAGAACAGACUAUGUCCAACCGGAAAAAAAAGGCUGCAGAAACCGAAAAGGCCAAGAUAAAAAAGAAGCCUGCCAAAAAAGCCAAGUCAAGAACUGUUAAGAAGACAAAAAGCAGCAUCGCAAAAGUAGAUAAAAAGAUGAAAAAGACUUAAUCUUACUUUCUUUACCAGUUUCUCAUUCAUAGUGUUAUAGACUACUACUAGAUUUUUUACUCCACAGGUCUGUGCUGUCUUUGUCUCACAUUUGGAGCAGCACAAAAGUUAUCAGACAAAGCCGAUUAAAUACCUCACUAUUUCUGUGUUCACCGGACAUUAAAACUGACAUCUUCCUUUCCAGACUUCAGUCAAUUGGUUGGUUUACCAAUUAGUCAGUCAGGUUUUGAUCCUUAAUUGUGGCAAAGUGACAAAAAUGACUCCUGGCUAUUCCAUUCAAAAAUAGAAAGUGAGACCAACCCUUUGCAGUCAUAACAUCUUUGACACUCUUACCGUAUGUGUGAAUGGGACGCUUGCAAACUCUUCCCACUAUUUCGGAAGCAUAAAACUGCUUAAAACUUCUACUUAUACUAUGGAGCGAUUACAAUUCAAUGAAUCAAUGAACCAAAUGUGCGGUAUGUCAGUCUUUUGGGUGAUAAUAUUAGUUCGAAGGAAACCUGGAGUUGUCAUCUUGUUGAAUGGAUUUUGGUAUUUCAUUCAGAAAAAAAGUAAAAGAUAGUUUGGCUGUUUUGUAUUUUCUUGAAGUCAGUAUAGUUCCCAAAGAUCUUGGCACAAAUCUAAAACCAGAGCAGCUCUGCUUUUAUCUCUGGGUGGCCGAAACACAUUUGUGUUGAAUGUCCAUAAAAUAAUUUGCGAUAAAAGCGCCAUUGAGUGGUGGUGUGAUAUCAUGCAAUAAAGCUCAAACAAUGAUGAUAAUGCUUGGCAUUCAUUUUAUAAUAUUCAUUACUGUGGUUGCCAUUUGUCUUGGAAUCUUUGCAUUAACAAAUGUUUUUUUUUGUGACUUGCAAUGGAAACAUCAGUGACUUUUAGAAAGAAAGUAGCUCUUUAAAGAAAAUUUAUCUUUUAAAAUGAGAGUAAGCAAUUGGAUCCAAAUUGUUAGAUUUGACAACUCAUUUGAAGUUUUGGGAUAUUCUAUUUCAGAUGUACUGUCCACGCCAUCCGCUUCAGGGUGCAGCUAACUUGGUACUAUACAGUACAUAGCAUCUUCCAUACUGGGAAGAACUGCAACUUGACUGAAUUUGUUGUACAUUACUAUGAAAUCAUUUUAUGUAACGUAAGCUUGUACCAAUGCACCCAUGAUUGUGAAAUGUUUGCAAUUUCAUAUCUCCCUGAACCCCCGCCCUUAUAGAACAGAAGUACUUGAUGCUUGUUUUAUUUACCCACAAUGCUUUUUUAUCCAAGAAAUUGUGGUGAAAAUGCCAUCUAAAAAUUGUCAUUUGACACAGUACAGUAUGAAACUUUUCUUAUUUUUAAUAUUAGUCUUUGGGAAUGUACAUCCAUGAAGAAAAUACUCUUUUUAGUUUGCAGUUUAGUUACCUGAGUCAUCACUGUCUUUUGUAUUGUCUAUUUGAAUAAACAUUAACAUCCAC